AUGGAUGGCAAAGAAGUGAACGAUGCAACGUUAUCAUGCAAUAGGGUAAGGACCGGAAAUCUUUUGCUGGAUGUUAAUGAAGCUCUGCAAGAAGCUCAGGAAAUAAUGACCGAUGGAAAACUACGUGAACGUCACCCAGAACAUUUGUUGGAAGAAUCGACAACUGUUGAAGUAGUAAAAACCGGAAGACACGGCGAUCCUAUUGAAAUAGUUGUUACUCGAAGUACGGUUACCUCUCAACCCAAUACAGAUGACGAAGGUGACGGAGCUUUGUCAGGAAGUGAUUCAGAAUCAUUUUUACCAUCACGAACUAAGUCGAGUUGUCUUUCUCACAGUUACACCUAUAAUGGUGAAGGAAGUUCCGAUGAAGUCUCUCAUUGUACGAGUGUUCAUUAUCGUCGAAAACGUGGCGACCAUUGGCGCUUAGAUGAUGGUGUGAAAGACGAAAGUGAUGGUAUGAAAGGCGAAGAUGAUGGACAUUUUGAGGUAGAGGUGAAAGCGGAGUAUGGGCAGGAUGAUGACGGAGAACCAUUCGUGAAAAAGUCUUGGGAAGCGACGUGGCGUGUGCAAAAAUUCGAAUAUUUGCCAGAAUGGCUUCAAGAUAACGAGUAUUUAAGGCACGGACAUCGGCCACCUUUGCCAAGCUUUGCGCAGUGUUUUCGUAGCAUAUUAUCUAUUCAUACUGAAACUGGAAAUAUUUGGACUCAUUUAAUUGGUUGUCUAGCAUUUGCAUUGCUGGCUGCGUGGUUUAUGACGCGGCCAGAUACUGACAUUCGUUUCCAAGAGAAAGUUGUGUUCUCAUUCUUUUUUGCUGGAGCAAUUAUUUGCCUUGGUAUGUCAUUCACCUUCCAUACAGUUAGCUGUCAUUCGGUUGCUGUAGUCCGGAUUUUUUGCAAAUUAGAUUAUCUGGGUAUAUCAUUAUUGAUUAUUGGCUCAUUUGUUCCUUGGCUAUAUUACGGAUUUUAUUGCCGACGUGAGCCGAAAAUAACUUACAUUGCAAUGGUCUGUGUCUUGGGUUUGGGUGCAAUAAUUGUCUCAUUGUGGGAUAAAUUUAGCGAAUCACGAUAUCGACCGCUCAGAGCUGGCGUGUUUCUGGCAAUGGGAUGUAGUGGAGUAGUACCGACAGUGCAUUUCAUGAUCACCGAUGGUGUGCGUACAUUAUUCGAAGAUGCAGCGUUUCACUGGCUCUUAUUAAUGGCCGCGUUAUAUAUUCUUGGCACAUUAUUAUAUGCUACGCGUACACCGGAACGGUUCUUUCCCGGAAAAUGUGAUAUCCUGUUCCAGUCGCAUCAGCUGUUUCACAUAUGUGUCGUUAUUGCUGCAUUCGUUCACUACUACGGGAUUUCUGAAAUGGCAAUGCAUCGAAUAAGGGCUUCUUGCCCGAUGGACAGUGAUCCUGUGCGAGCAUUUCAUCAUAUUGUAGAAGGCGUGAAGAAAGCAAUGCAUGAUGCGUUAUAA